CGCAUUAUCUGUAGCGUCGCAGCAGUCUCAAACACUCAAGCUGUCUGGGUCGAAUCAGUGGCACAUUUAGAGGAAACCUUCACAUCGUGUCUGGUCAAUCGAACGGUAGGACUUUCAAGGAACGCACCACUAUUGCAAUUGAACGAGAUGAGGAUCGUCUUAGCUUCGCCGUGUACGAUCCUGCUAGCUGCUGCUACCACACUGCUGUGCUUCCCGCUCGCAUACGGCUUGGAGUGUUAUACCUGCAGUACCGAUAGCAGUGAUCUAGAUUGUGACAAUCUUGCCGUGCUGGAGAAAACUUCCUGCCAACCAUUCAGCGCCACCAAUCAUCCAGUGAAACCGGUCUGUGGCUACAAACGUCUCCUUCCAACCGCCAGCGAAGCGUCGCAACGUAUCUGGCGAGGCUGCGCCGUUAGUGGCGAGUGUGCACUGCUGUCCCGGCAGGGCAAUGAGGCGUUCAGCUCCGCGUUUCGCAUGUCCGCCUGCGAGGAGUGCGAAGAGGAUGAUUGCAAUGGACCAAAAAGUGGCGCCACAAGGUCCCAAACCGCCUGGUGGACCGUGGGUCUGCUAACCGUGGUAAAACUGAUAUCAACGAAGGGGUGGGUAUGAACAGUGAAUAAAAAUGAAGCGCUGUCUUAGAAGAA